AUGGUUUUAAUCAUUGAGAAGAGAGCAACCACUGCCGAAGUGGUUAAUUUGGUCAGUGACGAUGAGGAUGACGACAUCUUGGAGGUUAUCCCGAUUAGCACUGAGUUGCCAACUUCUGCCUCUAAUAAAGCAACCGUGAAAAACGAGGCCGUCGAAGAACCAUUGAAUCCGGAUCCCGUGGGAACUUUGGAUCAAUUGGGUUCUGAUAACUCGAAUAAACUUUCAUCUGAUUCUCAAAAGACGGUUGAAAUAGAUUCACCCCUCGUUGCUGAAGAGCAUUUACGAGUUCAAACCCCUCCAAUGGGUUGCAUAUCGAAAGAGAAGGACCGUAUCGUGCCUUUUUCUGUCCACGGUCAAGUGAAAAAGGAGGAUGCUACAAAGUUAAACCGAGAUUUUGUUAGAUUUUCGGAUCAGCAGACGAAGGGAAAAGCUCUCUUUGAUGGCUUCUUACCUGAUUCUCAGAAAAUUGACAUGGUUUUACCACUUGCCGGUGAAGAAGUAAUAAUUGAGUCCCCUGGAAGUGAUUGCGUUGAUGAAGAAAAAGACCCUAUCGUGCCCAUUUCUGUCUACGGUCGAGCGAAAACGGAGGCUGUUACAAAGUUAAACCGAGAUUUUGUUGGAUUUUCGUAUCAUCAGACGAAGGAACCUCUCUUUGAUGGCUUCUUACCUGAUUCUCAGAAAAUUGAUAUGGUUUUACCGCUCGCCGGCGAAGAAGUAAUAAUUGAGUCCCCUGGAAGUGAUUGCGUUGAUGAAGAAAAAGACCCUAUUAUGCCCAUAUCUGUCCACGGUCAAGCGAAAAAGGAGGAUGCCACAAAGUUAAACCGAGAAUUUGUUGGAUUUUCGUAUCAGCAGACGAAGGAACCUUUCUUUGAUGGCUUCUUACCUGAUUCUCAGAAAAUUGAUAUGGUUUUACCGCUCGCCGGUGAAGAAGUAAUAAUUGAGUCCCCUGGAAGUGAAAGCGUUGAUGAAGAAAGAGGAAUUGAGAAGCCAGAAAACGGCAAGAUCCUUCAUGCAGUUGGAUUUCCGGAGGAACGAAGUCCGAAUGAAAAGGCUAUUCCGGUUCUUGACUCGGAUCACAGAGAGUUGGGAAGUGAGGUAUGCAUUGAACCAGUCCAUGCAAUUUCCUCGAUCAGAAUAUUGAAGGUGAAGUCUGCCGAUGAAUCUGAACAUGAGCCAGCUCGGAAAAAACUGAAAUUAAUUUCAGUUGACACCGAAGAUCCGUCGCAGAAAGAAAAGCAGGAAAAAAAGGACGUGCUUCUAGGGAAGCUUCGUGCUUGCUUUGAACCUGUUCCAGAAAAUAUCGAUAAGAAAAUUUGGAAGAAGGUGCAGAAGAAAUGGGCCUCCAGUGCAAAAAAUCUGAGUUUGAGUGAACUUCAGUCGAUUGUCGAGGAUGCCGAAGUCCUCACAAAUGUUGAGCAGAAGCCCCCUGAUGCAGACGAGUCUUUCUUCUGGAAAGUCGUUUAUCAUAUCCUGUCAUCAAUGGAUGCUGCUCUUUCAUCAUCAAAAUCUGCGUGUCCAUCAUCAUCUGAAAGUGUUCAAAAACCCAAGGAUGAGAAAAUGCCUCCUUCGAAAUGUUCUGAUGUUGUUGGUGUGAAAAGUGAUAGUGCUGGUGAUUCAUCACGAGAUGUUGGAUAUGAGCCAUCAACCUCGGAGUUACCAGGAAAAGACGCAUUCAAGGUGGAAGAAGCAUCAACUGUGGAUGAUGGACCUCACGCACAAAAGAUAGUUAAACUGGAACGACACCUAAGGGUCUUGCUUAAGAAAUUGCGUGAGCUGGAGCUGCAAGAAGUGAACUUCGAUGAAGAAGAGGCUUCUGCGUACUGCCUCCAGGACAGACUUCGAAAGCGAGUGCUGAAAAUCGACCGAAUGAUUUGCAAAUUCCGAGGCGAGAGGCACGAUCUGGACCGACCAUCCAAGAAGAGAUUCACUUUUAAAGAGUCGGAGAUUCCACAAGUGAACCAGAAAAUCAUGCAGUUGGUGAACCAAAAGAAGAUUUUCCCGGAUUUUGUGGAUGUGAAACGGAUAGUGGAGGAGCAUAAACCAGUGAUGUGGUCUGAUGAAGAAACUGACCUUUACGCGAGGAAGAUGUUCAGAUUAACUGGACAGAAGCUGAAGAACCGUCGGUUGAAGGAAACUCAGCAAGGUUUAAAGGAUACCGAAGAAUCCUUCGCGAAAGAUUUGGGAUUGCCAGUUAAAGUCGAUGAAAUCGGCGUCCUGAAGGAAGCGUUGGACAAGAACAAGAUGGAGGGUGAAAAGCGGAUGGAGGAAGUGUGUGACACUUUCGUUCGAAAGCAGGAAUUGCUGGGCAUGAAGCCAAUUGAAGUUCCGGAUGAAGAUGCGGACUUAUCCGAGUCCGAUGAUCACUCUGACUCUGCAAGCGUUGAAGAAAACGACAAAAUUUAAUUUUCUGAUGCGAAGGAUUGAUCUCUACUUUUUCUAUGCGUUUUUUACUUGUACAAAUUAUCGAAGGGUCAUGAUAGUUUUUAAGAAUAAUUGCUCACGCUGAAUCCGUGUAGAGAAAUUUCUGGAUUUAACGUACGAUGGAAGAUUCGUUGAAUUCUUUUAUCUACUUUGAUUCUAAAUCCAUCGUGUCAUUUUUUUGUUUUAAUCUCUGUGCCAGUAUUUAUUAGGCUUCAUCCUCAGUUUGUGCUCGGUUGAAAAUUUGAUUCGAUUUACAAACGCGCACAUUUUGUUUGAUAAUUUUUCAUCGAGCUUGUUCUGCCUUUUUUCGAAAUGCGCCGAAUAAAAAAAAACAAAAAAGCCAA